AGGCCGCCCCCCUGGCGGAGGCUCCGGCGCGAGGGGGCUGGCCCGCCAUGACCGCGCGCGUGGGGCGCCAUGGGUGCCAGGCCGCCGCGGGGGCAGCAGGCGCACGGCGGGCGCUCUGCCUGCUGGCGCUGGCCCACGCGCUGGCGGGGGCCUCCGCGCAGGCGCCGAAGCCGCUCUGGGGCAAGGACCUUGCCCAAGGAGGGAAGACCAGAGGUCCGGCGCCGAAGAAGAGGCCAGAUUUCAGCGCACUCGCGGCGAAGAUGGGGAAGGCCAGCAAGCCCAGCGGCAAGCCCAUGAAGGAUGGCGACCGGCAGAAGCAGCCUCCACCGGGCAGCCAACUGAAGGGUCCGCUGAAGUCUGGCUCAUGGAAAGACAAAGGAAAAGCAAGACCACCAGAAGACGCGCAGCCCUGGGGCGCGGCAGCAAAGAAGGGUUUCGGCAAGCCGUCCAAGCUGCUGGCGCAGGACAUGAAGAGAAAGAUGAUGGAAGCCAAGAAGGGCGGCGCCGGGAAAAAGUUCAAGAGCCAUCAGGACGUGUCGGACAUGAAGAGACGGGCCAUGGGAAAGAAACCGCCGCUGAAGGGUUUGCCUAAGCUUCCGCCGAAGAGGCUGAACCCGUUCAACGGGAAGAAGGCGGCCUCCAGCAUCGUGUUCAUCAACGAGGCGCCCGACGCGAAGGACGUCGACAUCUUCUGGGUGAAGUCCAAGAAGCCUCCCUGGCCUCCGCUGCCUGGCAGGAAGCCAGAGGAUGUCGUGCAAGUCAGGUGUCGCUUCGGCCGCCGCUCUGGCAAGGCCGUCCAGACAGCCGAGGAGCUCAAAAACGACCUGCAGGUGCGAGGAGAGUUCAACAUUACCGUGCGAACCGACUGGGCGCCGAUAGGGUCUGGGCACUUCCUCGAGCUGGUGAAGCAUGGGUUCUUCAACGGGACCAGCAUCUUCCGCGCGGUGAAGGCUUCCUGGCGCAGUUCGGGGUCUCCCACAACAGCACCCUGCAGCAGAGAUUCGGCAACUCCACCAUCAAGGACGACCGGCCCAGGCCCUGGCUGCAGCCCCUGCGGCGCGGCACCGUGGCUUUUGCGGGCUCCAGCGGCGAGUCCCGCACGUCGCAGAUGUGGAUUGUAUUCGCGGACGGUGUGGCUGGCGACCAGGCGUUGGAGACCCCGAGCAUUUACAUCCAGCCCCCGAUCGGUUACAUCCAGGCCAGGGACGGUCUGGACGCGCUGGACGACAUUAACACCGAGUACGGCGACCUGGCCGCGUUCAACGGGAGCGCCCCAGACCCGCAGCUGAUGGAGAAGGAGGACGGGCUCGACUACCUGCUCAAGGGGUGGCCCAACCUCGAAUACUUCGAGAGCUGCGCGAUCACGGGCAACGCCGAGCAGGAAAUCCCUGGUUCGCCCGUGGAGGAAGAAGAGCUGGUGGGCACGGUGGAAGCGGGCAAGCAGCUGACGCAGCAGACCACGAGGGGCGCAAGCUUCACAGCGAGGCUAAAGGGGAGCACCGAGGUGCUCCAGAGAGUGGUGGUCAAGAAACCCAGGGAGUUCGUGCAGCUCUCUGCCCCCGUCAGCUCCGAACUGUGAUGCCCAGCCUGCGCAGGGAUGGACGGGACCCGACUGCGUUGCGGCCCAUCAUGGUCGAGCAUCUUUGUUGGACCCUGUACUUACUCUGGUCCUCCUCCUCCCAUACCGCUGGCGCGGCCGCCGCUCGCAUAAGUGAGCGCGCCCGCGUCACGUCGGCGCUCGGCGGCCUUCGGCGGCCUUCCGAGACUCCUUGCGACCAGA